UUAAAUCGAAAAUAAAUAAAUAAAAAACAAAAUCUUGUGCUGCAUCAUAAAACACGUAAAACCACAGCAGCAAACAACCGUUUCUUAAUUCUCUGCAUCUGAAAAAUACAUUAACAAAAAAACUCUAAACCCCCAAAAAUCUUCUUCCUCUACAGUCUACACAUAUCUGUACAUGUUUGUCGGAAAAUGGAUGACAGCGACGUAGGAAACGCCGUUAAUCCGACGGCGGCAGAACACGACGGUUUGCAAGUUGCUGCGGCGGCGCCGGUGGAGGGGGAGGGGGAGAAUAGAUUGGAAAGCAGCGGCGGCGGCGAUGGUGGUGGACAUGAAGGGGCGAUGGUGGCCGUCGCGAACGGCGGCGGAGACGGUGGGUUUAGGGAAAAGAGGAAGAGGGGGCGGCCUAGAAAACAGCUGGGAGAAAUCCAGCCGGAAUUUAGGGUGGUGGCGGAAGAUCCCGGCGGGCCGCAAAAACGCGGAAGAGGGCGCCCUAAGGGUUCCGGCAAAUGGCAAACGUUGGCAGCCUCUUUUGGUUUGAAUGGUGGUGAAGCUGGUGGAAGCAACUUCACUCCCUACAUAAUUGACGUUGAAGCAGGAGAGAACAUUGUUGAAAGGAUCUGGUCAUUUUCGAAGAUGACUUGUGAUUCAAUAUGCAUCCUUUCGGCCUCGGGUUCAAUCUCCACUGCUCAAAUCUUCCUGCCCGCGUCUCGAGACCGCAUUUUGAAAUGGGAGGGCCAUUUUACUAUUGUUUGCCUCAAUGGAUCGCAUACAUAUGAUGAUAAAGGAGCCAAAACUGGCCUUCUCACCGUUCAGCUCGCUAAUUCCGACGGCCGCUUCUACGGUGGCGCCGUAGCCGGCUCACUUAUUGCCGCCGGCCCCACUCAGAUUAUAGUUUCUACAUUUAGACAGAAGAGGCAGCAAGCAAGCUUAAGGCCACCUAACAUGAUUACUGCUCCAAAGCUUAGUGAUAAUGGCACAGUGGAAAAUGGUGAGAGUGAACAAGUAAGAGAUGAAGGGGCCACCUUCAACGCCGGCCACCCUUCCUCCGCUCCUCCGCCUCCGCCUCCGCCUCCACCUCAGUGGAAAUCUUUGCAACCGCCGUCGAAUGUCUGAUUUUUUUAAAAACAUUAAAUUAUUUUGUAGAACAUUUUUUUUUUGUUUGGAGUAAGAGUGUUGUUUAGGAGGCUGAUGGCUGAUUGUUGUAUGUUUAUUAUUGAAUUUGAUUUUUGGAUAUUUUUUUUUGUGCCUUUUGUCAUUUCUAUUUGGAUGAUUUUAGUCUGAAAAAUUGGGUGAGAUUUCAUUGGUUGUGAUA